AUGCUGCGACAAGGGCACCUCAAAGAGUUACUAAGCGACAGGGGAAGAACUAACUUUGCCAAAGGACGCGAACACCAAGGACCGCCAAAACCUCCCUCAGCAGCUCGUACCAUCAACAUGAUCAUCGGCGGUAGCGAUGACGCCUCUAUCAACAUCGUGAUGUUCACCACUACCCACAAACUCAAGCGAUCUAUCACCCGCAAACGGUACGACGAACUCAAAGAAAGUAUCAUCUUCGACAAGUCAGAUGCCGACGGUUUGACCUUUCCUCAAAAUGAUGCUCUCAUUAUUACAUUACAUAUUUUAGAUACCGAUGUUAAAUGCAAUAUGAUAGAUGACGGGAGCGACGAAUGCAUUAUCCAUCUCCGAGUGCUUACCCAAAUGAGAUUCGAAGAUAAGAUAGUGUCGCGCUGCAUCACGCUAACUAGUUUUAAUAAUGCAGUUGAAGAGACAUCCGGGGAAAUUACACUCCCCGUUUUGGCCGGCGGCGUAACUAUGGAGACAACGUUCCAUAUCAUGGACCAGGCUACCGCGUACAACGCCAUAGUGGCACACACAUGGAUACAUCUCAUAAAAGCCAUCUCCUCCAGGUCAUACCAAGUAAUUAAAUUCACAACUCCAUGGGGGUUUUUCAGUAUACGAGGAGAACAACGCACAUCACGAUAA